AUGGUUGCAAACGGAAAGGAGGUCGACCACUUCACUGACGAUGACGAGUCCGAUCUCGAGAUCGAUUACACGGACAUCGAGGAACGAUUCCAGCCCAAGUUCCAGGACACGUUCGAUAACCUCAUUGUCGUCGAGGGUGCACCCGUCGUCGAUGAAUCAAAACGAGGUAGAUUGAUCAAAGCUAUCAUCUCCACAUUUGCCAAGAAAGAUCUCAAGAUCUCCGAAAACAAGAUCGAAAUGCCUCUGGAUCCUAACAACCAGAGUAAAGGAUAUCUUUUUAUCGAGCUCAACAGUCCCCAAGACGCCGAUCGGGCCGUCCGAAAUUUACACGACUAUCCAUUCGACAAAAAGCAUCGAUUUACGGUGAUCAAAUUCACCGAGGUCGAACGAUUCGCCCAUGUGGCCGAGACCUUUGUGCCACCGGUACUAGAAGAGUACAAGCCUCGGAGUCACUUGAAGAGCUGGCUAGCCGACCCACAAGGUCGCGACCAGAUGAUCAUCUAUCAAGGUGAUGACGUCAAGGUUGCCUGGCAUGGGCGGAACGGGGCUCCCGAUGUUGCUCACAAGCGAACUAAAUGGACUGAUGCCUACUGUGCCUGGUCUCCAGAUGGUACAAUGCUAGCCACGAUUCACAACCAGGGGGUUGCCCUUUGGGGUGGAGCAAACUUCGACAGAAUUCAUCGACUUUACCAUCCGAAAGUGAAACUCAUCGACUUUUCACCAAUGGAGAAUUACCUCGUCACCUGGUCUGAUCAGCCAAUCGAGCUGCCAACCGACCCUCAAGCUCCUCAGAUCUUCUCUGAAGAUGAUGAAGGGAAUAGUAUCGCAGUAUGGGACGUGAUCACUGGCAAACUAUUACGGACAUUUCCAGUCCUUACUCCCUCAUCUGAAGAAGAAGGGGGAGCUCGGAUCAAGUUCCAAUGGCCAAUGUUCAAGUGGAGUGGGGACGAUCGCUAUCUAGCUCGGGUAACGCCUGGACAGGCCAUCAGCGUCUACGAAACACCUGGGAUGGGUUUACUCGACAAAAAGAGUAUCAAGAUCGAAGGAGUGGUUGACUUCGAAUGGUGUCCCUUGAGCGAAAACGAGCGCGAUGCUAUCUUGGAAGCUCGACACUUGCUCCCGAGCGCUUCAUUCGACGAGCCCAGCUCGGACUCAAAGCCGAAGAAGAACACUGGAGAAAGAUCAAAUAUGCUCGCUUUCUGGACACCCGAAGUUGCCAACCAGCCUGCCAGAGUUUCCUUGAUGAGCAUACCAUCCCGUGAUACCCUGCGCUCCAAGAAUCUUUUCAACGUUCACGACGCCAAGAUACACUGGCAAUCCAACGGCGAUUAUGUUUGUGUCAAAGUUGAUCGACAUACCAAGACCAAAAAGACUACCUACUGCAACCUUGAAUUGUUCCGGGUUCGAGAUAAAGCUUUCCCCGUUGACGUCAUUGAAAUCAAAGAUACCGUCACUGCUUUUGCAUGGGAACCCAAGGGAAAUCGAUUUAUUUUGAUCACCAGCAAUGACCCUAACUUGUCGCAAGGUCCCACACCAGGAACAACGAUCAAGACUAAUAUACACUUUUAUGGAAUGGACGUCAAGAAAGGAGAUUUCCGUUUAUUCAAAUCCUACGACGGCAAGACAUGUAACUCGGUUCACUGGUCUCCUAAGGGCAGACACGUCGUCACAGCCACCUUAGGCUCUGGCUCAAAAUGUGAUAUCGAGUUUUGGGAUACGGAUCUAGAUGAGAGUGAGAAGGAUCUGGGAUCCGGCAUAUCUCUCCUCUCAUCUGUUGAGCAUUAUGGUAUGACCGAGCUGGAAUGGGAUCCCAGUGGCAGAUAUUUGGCCACUAUCGGAAGUAUGUGGCUCAGUUCACCUGAAAGCGGAUACACUAUCUGGGACUUCAAGGGAGAUCUGAUGCAUAAGGCGGCCCUAGAAAAAUUCAAGCAACUGCUAUGGAGACCGCGGCCCCGGUCGUUAUUGAGCAAGGAGACGCAACGGAAGAUCAGGAAGAAUUUGCGAGAGUACAGCAAGCAGUUCGAGGAGGACGACCAACUUGAAGCCAGCAAUGUCAGCGCAGAGUUGGUGGCCCAUCGACGAAGAUUGCUCGACGAAUGGGACUCCUGGAGACGUCGCGCCAAACAAGAACGGGCUACCGAGGCCAGUCGGACUGGCAAACUCCCCGUCGCGCAGAAAGCUGCCGAGUCCGCCGAUUCAGAACAGAUCGAAGAAUGGAUCGAGGAGGUUAUUGAAGAAACUGAGAAUAUGGUCUGA